CUCCUCGAUUUCUCGCUUAUAAAUAGAGGUGCAUCAAGUCGAUCAAUCCCACCCUGACGCCUUUCGCCAGCUUUUCGCCCAUCCCUUACAUACAGUAGUCACUUUUUAGAGUGGAUUGUCGGUCGGUUCCUUGUUGGUGUCCGGUCAUUGUUUAAGCUGCUUUCAAUAGAUUUACACAUACUAGGAUGAGCUCUGAAUAGAGAGUCGGUCAGUCUAAUUACAGUAAGGUAGAUAGCUACUUGCUUCACGGAUUGGCUGCUUCCGCCUCCUACAUCUACAGCCCUACUGCUAAACUGCGUCAGGAAGAUUGUGGAUCAGAUCGACAUAUCUACCACCCUACUUAAAUCAUUCACCUCACUUUCUUAGUUUGAUGGCUGAUUCGAGGACUAACUCCAACUACUAUUCCAAGAAUAGCCUUAGGCUGAUGAUGGCCAAGAAGUUUCGAGCUCCGGACGAUUAUCAUUCGACUAACUCAUUCAAUCACCAUCAUCCUUCUAUCCAAAGUCCUGGUUCGAUUCAUCCGACCCAAUCCACAAGUGCACUCCCCACUCUACCGGCCUUCGAAUCAACUGAGCGACAAGAAGACCUUGCUCACUGGAUGCUCUAUGAACCCAAGUGUGAUGGGAACGGCUCAAUUAUUCCGCCUUGGGCUCGACGCGACACUCAACCCAAUGACACUGAUAGGAGAUGUGAAGUGUCAAUUGAUCGAAACGAGCCUUCCACCUCAUCCCAUACCUCAACCUUUUCACACCUAUUACCACUACCAUCUCUGAUCAGCUCUGAGGCGGUCAAGAAACCGAAAGGCGCUCCCACCUUACCUGGUAUCGCCGCCAUGUUAGCCGGAGCCUCUGCGUCACAGCCACAACUCGAACCACUUCAUCAGAACCACGGUUUCCCUCCACAAAAUCCAUUGCCACCUACACGUCCGCCCAAAUCCAAAAAUCGAACAGGGCUUCACCAAACCGAACCCCGUACUAGACAACCAGCACGACAUCGACGUCCGGUACCCACUCCCUCAUCAUCUCAGCAGUUGACUACGACGACACCUAGUGGCUCAAUUCCUAUUACGCUGUUGCAAUCUACUAGACAAAGAGUAAGUAUUGCUUGUACAUUUUGUAGAACUAGAAAAUUGAGAUGUACACCUGGACCUGGACCAUGUGAGCAUUGUAGUAGAAGAGGAAAUGAAUGUGUUUUCGAUGUGCCGGGAAGGCUUUAGAAUAUUCCUUUGAUCAGUUUGUUGUGUGCUCUAUGAGUUCCAGUCUCAAGAAUUUUUUAUCCCCUCUGAUUUGUGAUGUGAUGGUUGAUUUAUCCGGAUUAAGAUGUCCAACACUUCAGAGCAUAAGACUCAAGACCAAAAAAAUACCUUUCUAUCUUCAUCAACCAUGUUCAACAUAUCUAUAUACAUCUAGUUUAUUAGUUUCCAUCCUGGUUAGUGUUAGUGGAAGAGAAAUCAGCAUUGUUGUGUGAAGAAGUGGAAACAUAAUGUUUUUGCUAUCAC